CUCUUUCUCCCCGGGCAGAGCGUUUGUUUUUAUCCGCGGUGUCGUGCAGGUUUGUCGGGGAAGCGGUGGGCGUUCCUACGUGUUCGUUCGCUAACUGUUGAUGUCGAGAAGCAUUUCUCACCUCCACCACGACUAGCUAUCCCGAUGUUUCUCCCUACGCUUGUGGAGGACAUGCAUCAUUUCAAGCCGAGUCGAGACAGACUGUACACCACCCGGUGUUGUGGAUGUUGCCACGUCCGGACGGGGACCAUCAUCCUGGGAACAUGGUACAUGGUUGUCAACCUGUUGAUGGGCAUCCUGCUGACUGUCGCUGUUACCCACCCAGAAAAUGUACCCACCAUCGACUUGCAGUACGAGGUCAUCGACCAUUAUUUCGCCUCUGAUAGGAUGUCUGAGAAUGCCUGUGUCGGAUUUGCCAUCUCUCUGCUGAUGCUCACCAUCAGUGCCAUGAUGGUGUAUGGAGCCAUAACUCAUCGCGAUGGCUGGCUCAUCCCGUUUUUCUGCUACCAGCUGUUUGACUUUGCUCUGAGCUGCCUGGUGGCCAUCAGCUCUCUCACCUACCUGCCCAGGAUCAAGGACUACUUGGACCAGCUGCCGGAUUUCCCCUACAAGGAUAACCUCCUGUCUAUGGACUCCAGCUGCCUAUUGCUCUUUGUGCUUGUCUUCUUUGCCUUCCUGAUCAUCCUCAAGGCUUACUUGAUCAACUGUGUGUGGAACUGCUACAAGUACAUCAACAACAGGAACAUGCCAGAGAUUGCCGUCUACCCCGCCUUUGAGACUCCACCACAGUACAUCCUGCCCACCUACGAGAUGGCAAUGAAGAUGCCAGAGAAGGAACCACCUCCCCCUUACAUGCCUGCUUAAGCACCAGCCCCAUUGCCAAAACACAUACACAAACAAACACACAUUGCCAUAUGCAUUCCUACGUUCCCUCACCAACCCUUUCUGAACACCAUUACGCCCUAAUCCCCCACCCCCCCUCCUCCCCGGACCUACUGUGUACGUGUAAGGCCACUGAUAAUGUUUUGUUUGACCCCCCCCCCCCCUCGCUCACUGUAUUUCUAGAGAGAUUCUAUCGAGCAUCCUGCAACGUGAGAGGACAAAGGUGGGAGAGACUGAAAAUUGUGUGAAAUGAAUGAAUGAAUGUGAUGUUUGAAAAGUGAUGGAAGCUACCCGCCCGCCCCAUACCCCCCACCCCCCUCUCUGGCCUUUUUUAUGUCUUAGUAAAAGGGAUACAUGUGAUAAUUAAAUUGCUUGAAAUGCUAUCAUCAAUCCAGCACCAUCCUAUCUAUAGAUUGAUAUAUGAAGUGUAAAAUGAAAAAAAAUAUGACAAUCCACUUAUUAUAGCUCUUAUUGUUGAAUUGUGUUACUUUUUUUCUCCUAAUUAUUAAGAUCUAGACUAUUCCAUCACAGUCUUGAAUGGAGUCCGUAGCACUUGUUUGUCUGUUAUUUAUUUAGCUUUGCUGUGGUUCAGUUCACCACCACUCCUGACAUUUUCGUCACUUCUCUGCUGCCCUGACGGUCUAUGGCCUCGUGUUAGCAAAGCUAGUGAAAAGGUUUUCCAGCUGAGACAGAGAGAGAGAGAAAGCAGAGGGCACUGACAGAUGGAUCAUCUUCUCUGCUUCUUUCUCGCCUGACAUCUGGAGCAAUCGGCUAGUCUUGUGAACAUUAGUAGUUGCAUGCUUAUCCACCCGCCCAUUACUUUACUGGUAUUAUGAUUUUAUCCUAGUGGAAAAAAUAUUUGACUUCAAUAAAAGUUUCAAAACAUUUAUAUCAUCA